UGAGUUUCGUUCUAAGAACAGUGUUUCGUUCAUGACUCGGAUAUCAUUUACCAGCUGACGACUUGCCAGGUCCUCGCUAGUCUUCUGAUACCGAAUAUUUCGUGAUUGGAAAAAUGCAACGAGCAAUUACGUUUUCGCGGAACAUCUCUGCGUUGAGUCAGGUGAGAAUGGCUGGAGAACGUGGUUCGGGUGCUGGCAAGGGAGGAGGUGGCGGUGGUACUAUUCGUGAUGCUGGCGGUUCUUUUGGAAAAAUGGAAGCUGCCCACGAAGACCAAUACUUCUAUAACCUGCAAAAGGAGCAGUUACAAAAGAUGCGAGAGAGCCUACACGACGAGAUCUCAUUCCACGAGGAACAAAUCAAGCGUCAUCAGGAGGCUAUUAAUCGCCACAAAAAACGGAUCACGGAUAUGGACGAGAAAGAGUGAAUGAAGAAGUUACAUUAGCGUGAUACUCAUUUCGGCGGCUUUACUAUUGGUUUUGAUGUAAAGAUAACAGAUAAUAGAUCGAAAAUAGUGGAACUAAUAGAGUAUCACAAGUCUUCUUAUGUAUAAAACUGUUACAUUACAUAGAUAUUAAAUACAAUGCUCUUAAUAUAUAUAUAUACGUAUAUAUGUUACUUAAGCAUUGAAUGAUAUUUCCUUGCAUAUAUUGUAUGAAUUGCUUUUGACGAGACUGUCGUACGAUAUCUUUGUACUUAAAAGUGUCUGCAAGACAACUAUACAUGGAAAUAAAACGUGUUUUUUCAUUGUUGCUUAA